AUGCAAUGGCCAUGAUACCUUUUUACUACAGAGCGUUCUAAGGUAAGAUGGGAGGUAUAUAACGUCAAGAUGAUCUAAGGAGAGCACAGUUCAUCUCAAACCUUGCAAGACGCAUCAGUUGAAUCACAAUUAUUACUAAUAUGAAACUGUUCGUGGUUGCCGCUAUUCUCGGAGUCUGCUCAGCAGCCCGCCUUGACAACGCAUACCUCCCUCCCAGAGGUGGAGAUGGCGCAGGCUAUGGUGCUACGGGUUCUGGUUUUGGAUCCGGCUUUGGUAGAGGGGCUGUAGCAGGCUUUGGACCUAGCGGCGCUGGUUUCGGGGGAAAUGCUGGAGGACAAAGCUACAGCGGAGCCGGUGUUGGAGGCGGUUCAGGUUUUGGACAAGGAGCCGGUCAAGGCUACCAAGGUUUUGUAGGAAAGAGCAACCCCGCCGACGCUAACGCCCAAAUUCUGAAAUACAACAACGAAGUUACUGCUGAAGGAUUCUCAUACGAUUUCGAAACAUCCAACGGUAUUAGGGCUGAUGCUUCCGGGGUGGCCACUAAUGGUGUCCAAUCUCAGGGUAGCUUCUCGUACAAGGGUGACGAUGGCCAAGACUACUCCAUCACAUACACUGCUGAUGAGAACGGUUACCAACCACGUGGAGCUCAUCUGCCCACUCCUCCUCCCAUCCCUGAGGCGAUCCUGAAAUCCCUGGAGCAAAACGCUCGUGACGAAGCAGCUGGCAUCGUUGACGAUGGCUCUUACCGCGGCGAGGGUGCUGGAAGCGCGGCGGGUUACUCCGGCCAGGGUGCCUACUCUGGCAACCGUGGUUACAACUCUCAGGCUGGUAACUUCGGUGGUUCAUCAGGUUUCGGUGGAUCUUCAAACAUUGGCGCUGCGUCCCGCCAAUACCUCGCUCCUAACGUUGGCGCCCGAGGCUCUGGCAACGGAAACUACAACUCCCAAACAGGAUACCGUUACUAAAUAAUUGACAGAAUAUAAGCUAUGUUUUUGUUAGUUUUUAAAUUCCAUCUAUUUAAUUAAAUAAAAAUUUAACUAAUAUAAAACAUAGCUGUAUGCAUUAUUUAUGUAUAGCGCCAUCUAUGAAUACAAUAACGAUUUAUGCUGUGAACCGAUUAUGUGAUUGUAAUAAGGCUAGGCAGUCAAAGACGUUGACUUUGCUCGGCAACGAAACAUGUUUUAAUACUCGUGUCUAUUUACUCAGUCUUUCUUUCCCUUUUCUUCAUAAUAUGUGAUCUCAUUAACAUUCUCCUAUCUCUUUGUUUCAUUCUUCUCCUAAAUAAUAUUUAAUUGUAAGCUAGUUUAGAAAAGGCUAUGUAAAUGGACAGUACUAGGAUAAAGAUUGUAUUAAAAUAUGAAACGAUUUGUCAUUAUAUAAAUAUUGUAAAUAAUUUAAUGAAAAAUAAAUGUUUUAUAGCAUA